AUGAUGGCCAUCCGCUUAAUCUUUCAGCGUCAUCUUGGGCUCCUGUUACUCCUUCUUCUCCCGGGCGGCUGGGCGCAGAUGUGCUCCUUCUGGGAAACGGCCUGCAUCGACCCUCUCGCCCAAACGGCAGUGCCUCUGGAUUUCUCGCCGCUGUUCCCAGAUCCCGUCACCUUCUACUACGGCUUUGACGAAUUGUCCACUGGAAAGGGCCGGGGCCCCAUGACCAAAGCCGGCUUUUGGUUACGAUACCGUAAUGAAGGAAUCAACAUGGCCGUGGUGACGUCAAAUCGUACCUCCGAGGUGGCUUUGCGGAUCGGCAAUCUCACAGGCACCCCCUCCGGGAACACCAACGGCUGCGAUGGAGUCUGGGGGCGGUCCUGCUCAGGUGAUGUCAAAAGUGCCCUGCGACACGCCAUCUUCAACCUCAUCUCGUCCGGCGAGGUUUAUUCAAAGCCCCUGGAGGCUGCGUUGAACCACAUGAUGCAUGAUCAUCCCCGAAUGCCCAAUUGUGGCGCCCCCAUUUUUGACGUUGCGUCCAUUCCGGUGUCAACUUUCGUCAAAGAGAGAUAUCCAGCCUCUCAGCCCCCUCAGGUCAAACCCGCCGGUUCAUGGUGGCACCCCUGGAAGGUGUGGUACAUCGAUGGCAUGACCUCGGAUCAGCAGGCCUCCCAAAUCGCGGUCGGUAUAAUUGCUCGUUCUCCGGCAUACGGCAGUCCGCCUCCAGCGUCUCCGGAUGACAUUCAGAUUGAGCUGGUGUGUCUUCAGGCACCGCAAGGUUCUCCUGUCACAUUCUCAAAGGGACCAUGA